AUGGUGAUGCGCAACGACAGCUCCAUGCUCACGCUCGACGAGUUCCUGCGCGAGACGAGCACCCGCGACAGCACGGAACGCCAGCUCCAGGGCCUCCUGGCCCUGCGCAGGCGCAUUGGCUCCGAGACUAGGCCAGGACGGUGGGGCAGCCUGUAUGACCAUACCCCGGCGGGGCGGAGGAGGAUUCUUGGUACUGUGCCCCCGGCCGCCCCGAGGGAGGGUCGGCCAGAGGCAGAGCAGGACGAGAUUGAUGAGGAGGAGGGUGAGGUCGACGAGGACAGGAUCCCGGAGAUCUAUUGGAAUUUUCGAGCCCGGGUCUCGCCAGGAUCGUUGCCUCUACCGCCGCAGCCGCUUUCUCCCCUUCCUGCUACAAGCUCGGGGGCUUUGUUGCUGCCCAGGGAGGACCCGAUGGCGGAUGUGCUCACGGGGCCGUCACAGCUGGUUCAGCCCCCGAUGAGGGCUUCUGGGGAAUAUAGGCCGUAUGUAGCGGCUGUACCAUCAAUUACAUGGCCACCGCUGCUACCGCCUUCUUCGUCGUCGCUGCCGCCCCUGAGUCGCCAGGACAGCUUUGACACACUUGUGUCUCAGAUACGGCGCAUCGGUGCGCUGCAGGACUUUAUGCUAAACUCCACCACCACCCCACCAGACCCCCCAACUCCCACGGCUACGGCCGCGACAGUUGCGAGCCUGCGCAUCCGCGAGGCGAGGCUAAGGGCGAUGCAGACGAGGAUCGACCUGCUGGCGAAUGAGUUUGCGGUGCUGAGCAGCACAAGGAGGGAAAUGAGGAGGGCCAUGGCGAAUGAUGCGCCGGUGCCGGCACCGCCGCCGCCGCCGCCAGUGAGGAUGAGUGAGAGCUUGAGGGAGGAGCUGAUGAGGAGUGCGGUCAUGAGGAUGCAAAUUGAGGCGUUGCCGUUAUGA